CUAACCUCUUCUCGCCUUAGAAAACAAAUUGCAACUGUCCUACAGAUUUUAAACCUUAAUGACACUGAAAUGGAGCAAGUGGCCACCUUUAUGGGCCAUACCAAAAAAACCCACGAACAAUUUUAUAGGAUGCCGCAGGACGUUUUUCAAACUGCAAAAAUAGCCAAGUUACUUCUAAUGAUGGAAAGGGGAGUCGGCAGCCAGAAUCAGGGUAAAACUCUUGAUGAAAUCAACGUCGAAUUGGAAUCGUGGAAUGGAAAAUCUCUUGAAGACCCUGGAAGUGAAUCAGAGGACCAUGAUUUGGAGGAAAAAAGCGCACAUGAUGAACCAAAGGAAGAAGAUGAAAGAAUUAGACUAGACAUGCCAACUAUGUCUGUGACUAGUGUUAACGUUACGCAAACCAACAAGCACAAAGCUCAAACUAUGUCUGAUGAUUCUCCACUCAAAAAGAAAAAGAUAUCUAAAGAAAAACCCAAAAAAGAGAAAUGUCGUGGAACAUGGAACGACAAGCAAAAGUCCAUAAUGUUAAAUUAUUUUAAUAAUCAUAUUAAAAACAAAAUUUCGCCGAAAAAAGCGGAAUGCUUAAAAUUACAACAAGACAAUUUAGAUUCAUUUAUGAACAAGACUUGGGUACAAAUUAAAGUUUUUGUUUAUAAUACUUACAAAAAUAAAUAAAAUUGUAAUAUUCCUA